AUGUCUUAAUUAAGGGUUGUCUUGUUAGGAAUAUUAGGACAUGGAAAAACAUUUCUAUUUAAUAAAAUAGCUUUAACAAAUGAGCCUGCAUCAUUUGGAGGCGAAUCUAAUACAAAAUAAAUUGUGAUUGGUUAAGCUGCAUAUGGAUAAUUUGAGAUAGUAGAUACACCUGGAUUCGAAGCACUUGAAGAUAAGCUAUUACAUGCAGCUGGAGUAAUUGCUGCAUUAGCAUAAGGAGAUGUCAACAGAAUAUUAAUUGUUGUAAAGUGUGAAAGAACAGAUAUAAUGAUAAAUAAUUUAAAAAAAAUUAUAGCACCUAUUUAAAGAUAUUAAGAUUUAAUCACUAUUAUUGUUUCUCAUUGGGAUUAACAAUAAUAAAGCAUAAUUGAAAAAUACAAGAUUUUAGAAUAUUAACAAAAAUAAGAAUUAUAAGCAAAAGAGUAGAUAGAAUCAGCAAUGUAAAAGCAUUUUAAAGUUUGUUCAUUUAUUUAUACUACAAAAAAUAAUGAACCUAAAUAUAUCACAUAAUUGAUAACAGAUAUUAUUCUAAAAUCACGAUUCGCUUAAAUAAAAUUAUUAGAAUCUGAAAUUUAUAGUUAAUUUGAUUUGUUAAAUUUAGAUGUAGCAUAUUAAACAGAAUUAGAUAAAUCAAUAACAAAAAUAAAGAAUGGUUUUAGGAAAAUUUAAAUUUCAUUUUUAAAGUUUAUAGAAUCUUUAAAAUUAGAUGAUCCUAAUUUAAUAGAUAAAUUACAUUGUUUAUCAUUAGGAAUUAAAGACAUUGCAAAUGAAUUUGUUGAAAAAUUUGAGAAACAAUAUGGAGAUUAUAUGAAUGAAAUCUAUGAUAAAGAUGGAGUCAAUGUAAGAUAUCUAUAUCAUAUUUAUCUUAAAAAAGAACUUAGAUUGGAUAUUGAAAAAGUUAUUCAAAAGACCCAAGAAAAAAUGAAACAAUCUUAAAAUCACUGCUAUAAUUGGAUUAGACAAUGUCCUUAUUGUGGAUUGGUCUGGAUAAAAGUGAUUGGAUGUGAUACUGAAACUACUUGUGGUAAUAGAGUAAACUCCUCUUUUGAUAAGUUAUUGUGGUAAAAUUAUAAUGACAAUUCCUACAAAUUAAUAGUAAAAAAUGAUUCUGUUGAUUUUGAUUUUGAGAUUGAGUAAGAGAAAAGAGAUAAAAAUAAAUUAGCAAUAAUAUAAAAUUAGAAUAUUGUUUGGAUUUUAUAUGAUUCUUUGAAUAAUGAUGUGUUAUUGAAUAAUAUAUUUAGCCAAAGUAAUAAACAUUUUUUUUUAAAAAGGAUAAUUCGAUAAUAUUUAUAUGAUAAUUUUGAAAAUUAAAGCUUUAGUGAUUUGGAAACAAAUAUGAAUGAAGCAUAAUUAUAAAUCAUGAUUAAUGACAUUAAGAUGCUAAUAAAUCAAGAAAAUAAUUAGUAAAACUCAUUCGGAUGUGGAAGAAUAAUAGUGUGGAAAGAUUUACCUCCUCUAAGUGGAUCAUUGUUAAAAGAAUUACUAACACAAGAAUUGAUUGAUUAUUUUAAUGAUCAAAAAUAGUUAUUACAAGAUGAAGCUAAUGAUAUUGCAAAAGAAAUGGAAAAAGCAUAUAAAGAUCUUGUGAAUUAAGCAAUUAAUGAAUAAAUGAAGAAUAUUAGGGUAAUACCAAAAUAAUAAUCUCAAAUAUUAAAUUUAAACAAUAUAGAAUAAUAAGAAAAUGAACAAUAUGAUGGAAAAAUUUAGUAAAAUUAUUAAAAUCUUGUUGUAAAAACUAAGGAAAAGCAAAUAAAUAUUAAAAGAAAAUAUAGCAUAAAAAUGAUGACAGAUACAAAUUUAUUUUCAGAUGAUGAAACAAUAGACACUAAAAGAAUAGAAUAGCUUAAAACAUAAUGA